AUGCGCGCCAAUUUGUUACUACCGGGUCUUGUCUCGGGUCUGGCUGCUGCGGCACCUGGCAAGGAGGAAGACUUUGCUGCCAAGUGCGCCAGUUUUAGGACCUCGCUGAAACUGCCCAACACCAAGGUCUGGUUCACCGAGCAUGUGCCUGCCGGUGGAAAUAUCACCUUUCCUGACAACCACCCAACAUGUACCCCCAAGAGCCAGGUCACAGACGUUGAGAUCUGUCGCGUGGCUAUGCACGUCACGACAGGUCCCACUUCCAAUUUGACCCUCGAGGCUUGGUUGCCUUCUAACUGGACUGGUCGAUUCCUGAGCACUGGAAACGGAGGCAUGGCUGGAUGCAUCCAAUACUCGGAUGUUGCUUACGGUGUCGGCAACGGUUUCGCUACUGUUGGCGCCAACAACGGUCACAAUGGAACUUCAGCUACGGCCAUGUACAAGAACUCCGGUGUUGUGGAGGAUUACGUCUACCGCUCUGUACACACUGGUACUGUUCUUGGUAAGGACAUCACCAAGAAAUUCUACGGAAAGAAGCACACCAAGUCCUACUAUCUUGGUUGCUCAACUGGUGGACGACAAGGAUGGAAGGAAGCGCAGAGCUUCCCUGAGGACUUUGAUGGUAUUGUCGCUGGUGCUCCCGCCAUGCGCUUCAACGGGCUGCAGUCCCGCUCCGGAAGCUUCUGGGGUAUUACUGGUCCUCCUGGAGCCCCAACCCACCUGAGCCCCGAGGAGUGGCAGAUGGUUCACAAGAGUGUCCACGUUCAGUGUGAUGAGCCUCUUGACGGCGUCAAGGACGGUAUUCUCGAGGACCCUAACCUCUGUAACUACCGACCUGAGGUUCUUAUCUGCAGCAAGGGCCAGACCAAGAACUGUCUGACAGGCCCCAAGAUCGAGACCGUUCGAAAGGUCUUUUCUCCUCUGUACGGCAACAACGGAACCUACAUCUACCCUCGUAUCCCCCCCGGUGCGGAUGCUGGUUUUGGCUUUGCCAUUGGCGAAAUGCCCUUCCCCUACUCUACAGAAUGGUUCCAGUACGUUAUCUGGAAUGACACCAAAUGGUCUCCCGACCAGAUCGGACCCGACGACUACCAAAAGGCCUCCGAAGUCAACCCUUUCAACGUCGAGACUUGGGAAGGCGACCUCUCCAAGUUCCGCAAGCGUGGAUCUAAGAUUCUCCACUGGCACGGUCUUCAAGACGGUCUCAUCAGCUCCGACAACUCUAUGGAGUACUACGACCACGUCUCGCGCACCAUGGGUCUCAACAGCACCCAGCUAGAUGAAUUCUACCGAUACUUCCGCAUCAGCGGCUGUGGUCACUGCUCUGGUGGCGAUGGCGCAAACCGUAUUGGAAACAACAUGGCCAACUUGGGUGGCAAGACCGCCGAGAACAACGUCCUCAAGGCCAUCGUGAAGUGGGUUGAGGAGGGUGUUGCCCCCGAUACCAUUACAGGCCAGCGCUUCGCUAACGGUGCCCCUGAUGGUAAGCUCGAGUACGAGCGCAGACAUUGUCGCUACCCCUACCGCAACGUCUGGGACCGUAAGGGAGACCCCAAGGAUCCUGAUAGCUGGAAGUGUCAGUAG